CCUCAGAGGAAGAAGUCGUGACUAAGUUUUGAGGCAAGCAGGAAUAUCUGGAGGAGUAUCAUCUGAACUGAGGUCUGCUGCUGUGAAGAUGAUGUUUGUUAAAGAAGAGAGAGUCGAGGACACGAGUGAACCAGAAACCUGGAGAAUAAGACACGAGGAACCAGCAGAGUUGAUUGAAGAAAAAGAGAAGAAUGAAGAAUCAAGUGAAGUUGAGGAGAAAAAUCUUGUCAAAACUGGAGAAAAACCUUUGAGUUGCCAUCUAACCAAACUGAAAGAUUUAAAGAAAAGAAGAGCCAAGAAAUCUGUCACCUGCACUCAGUGUGGAAAGAGUUUUACAUGCAAAACAAGUCUUGAGCGUCACAUGAGAGUUCAUACUGGAGAGAAACCAUUCACUUGUGAUCAAUGUGGGAAGAGUUUCACACAAUCAGCACACCUUAAGAAACACAUGAACAUCCACACUAGAGAGAACCAGCACGCAUGUGAUCAGUGUGGUAAAAUAUUUUUACGGGCUUCAGUUCUGAAGAAACACUUAAAAGUUCAUUCAAAGAAGAAGCCACAUUCAUGUAAUUUGUGUGGUAACAGUUUUUUGCGUCUACAAAAUUCGAAAGUAGGUCAGAAAAUACAUACUGCUGUGGGAGAGUACAUGUGCUUUGAGUGUGAAAAGACUUUUACUUCAGAGACCUGUACAAAAUUGCAUGAAAGCAUCCACACUGGAGAAAACCCUUAUAAGUGUUCACACUGUGACAAGAGAUUCAGUCAGUCAGCACAUCUGAAAACACAUGAGAGGAUCCACACUGGAGAGAAACAUCAUAAGUGUUCACACUGCAACAAGAGAUUCAGUAAUUCAGGAGACCUAAAAAGACAUAAGAGGAUCCACACUGGAGUGAAACCUUAUAAGUGUUCACACUGUGAAAAGAGAUUCAGUCAGUUAGUAAAUCUGAAAAGACACAAUGGGAUCCACACUGGAGAGAAGCCUCAUAAGUGUUCACACUGUGACAAGAGAUACAGUCAGUUAGCACAUCUGAAAAGACACAAUGGGAUCCAUACUGGAGAGAAACUUCAUAAGUGUUCAUACUGUGACAAGAGAUUCAGUCAGUCAUCACAUCUGAAAACACAUGAGAGGAUCCACACUGGAGAGAAACCUUAUAAGUGUUCACACUGCAACAAGAGAUUCAAUAAGUCAGGAGACCUAAAAACACAUGAGAGGAUCCACACUGGAGAGAAACCUUAUAAGUGUUCACACUGUGACAAGAGAUUCAAUAAUACAUCAAAUCUGAAAACACAUGAGAGGAUCCACACUGGAGAGAAACCGUAUCACUGCACUGCAUGUGGGAAGCAUUUCAAUCGUUCAUGUACUCUACACAGGCAUACAAAAAACAAUCACAGUAAGGCCCUGUACACACAGAGACGCAUUUAGCUGUAUACGUAAAUAUUUUGUAUCGUAUUGGCGUUUCGUCCAGACGACUCGUGACAUUUUGGGAGCUUGAAAACGCUAUUUUUUUAAAUCGGGUCUCAAGAGUGGAUCAAUCUGAAAACGACACCUUUGUUUUGUGUGUACAACCAAUCCAUAUAUUUUGUGACAUGAUGAUGUCAUCCAUCACCCCACGUCUCAACCCCAUUCAGACACUGCUACGUCAUGUAACAACAUCAACAAUGGCGGACUGCAUGCUUGUGUUUGUGCUGCAAAAGCCCAUUAGCUUUACAAACUUUUAUUAGCUUUUCUUGUUGUUGCAUUGGGUUUGUAUACUGCGCGCAAGGUUGAUGCACAUGCUCCAAGUCAUCUCCUUUUUUAGUGUAUCUCUGUAGUAGAAUUACAGCGCCACAUACUGGUCUGGCAUGAAUACUACAUCAUUUUGAGUCAGUUUCAGUGGUUUUGUGUGUAUGCAGAUUUUUCUUGAGAUGAUGCCGUGUUUAUGGAAGAACAAGAAAAGAAAAGAUUGGAUAGGGAAAGCUCUGGUUUCGUGUGGAUGAGCUCCAAGUAGAUCAUCUUCAGAUCCAGCACUUUCAGAUGCAUCUGAUGCUGCCUUCUCAUCAAAUGUGACACAAUAAUGCAUCAAGCAGUAAAAUAUCAUCUGGAUAAAUCUGUCCUAACCAGUCAUAACAAGCGACAUGACAAAGAAACAUCUAAAGUUUUCACACUG